AGAAGAAGCUCCAUGCCUAACGCUUAGUUCACUAGAGGGUAAUGUUUCUAUGACUGCAAUGAAGAACAACUCGGAAUAAACCCUACUUAGGGUGCCUUUGUGAGAUAUAAGUUCUUUUUAAAUGCUUGGUACUAGUCUACAUAAAAUUUUUAUUUGUCUCUGAUUGGAGAUAGUCAUUCAAUCUCAAUGGCCUUUCAGGAACUCCUGAAUCAAGUUGGAAGCCUAGGGAGAUUCCAGAUCCUUCAGAUGGCCUUUGUUCUCCUCAUCCAAGGCCUUGCAAUAACUCAUACUUUAAUGGAGAACUUUACUGCAGCCAUUCCCAAUCAUCGCUGCUGGGUCCCCAUCCUUGACAAUGACACUGCCUAUGAUAAUGACAGUAGGUUCUUGAGCCAAGAUGACCUCCUUAGGAUCUCUAUCCCCCUGGACUCCAACCUGAGACUGGAUAAGUGUCGUCGUUAUGCCCAACCACAGUGGCAUCUUCUUCAUUUGAAUGGCACUUUCUCCAAUGUGACAGAGCCAGACACUGAACCCUGUGUGGAUGGUUGGGUGUAUGACAGGAGCAACUUCCUUUCUACCAUUGUGACUGAGUGGGACCUGGUGUGUGAAUCUCAGGCACUGAAUUCUGUUGCUAAAUUUUCAUUCAUGAUUGGCCUAUUUAUAGGGAGUGUCACAUGUGGCCAUCUGUCAGACAGGUUUGGGAGGAAGCUCGUUUUAACAUGUGCUUUAUUACAACUGGCCAUCACUGAAACCUGUGUAGCUUUUGCUCCCACCUUCCUCAUCUACUGCUUACUUCGAUUCCUGGCAGGAAUGACUGUGGAACCCAUAGCAGUAAAUUGUCAAUUGCUUAUGUUCGAAUGGACAAGCCCUAAAUUCCUAGCCAUGAUGGCAGUGCUUAUAUCUUGUGCUACUAGUAUUGGAAAUAUGAUAUUGGCAGGCCUGGCUUUUCCAUUUCAAAACUGGCACCAC